UCGAUAAAGUCCUGGGCAAACUGGCACCAGAAGAACUUCAGGCGCCGUCCUGUCUGAUGCCACUCCAAGGCGGCAUUGAAGCCAUCGAGGAGAAGUUGACGGCUGCAACACGAGACAAUGAUGAGAACUUCAUUGUGCUUGUGUGAGUCUGUGUAGAACCGUCUGAUGAGAGUCGAUGCCCCUGAUACCAGGAUUCAGCACCGCAUCGUCGGACCGAUCGUCGCAACCUGCCAAAUACAGGUUUUACGAAGCCGCAAAAGCGGCCUGUAGCGAAGAAGACCGGGUGGCAUCUCGAUGGAAUUGGGCGCAUCUCGACUUCGAAGAGGAACCAGGAAUGAUCUGGCGAUGGUGGAUCUGGAAAGUGCCCAUCAUCGUGUUUGUCAACCGCUCCUCAUCUUCUUCGAGGCCGUACGAUGUGCGAUUCUGGAAGAUUGCCUGGCAGAUGCCCAAGUCAGAGCAGAUUGUCUCGGUGAUAGAUGGCUCCCGAUGGCGCCUCAUCACGCCGUGGGAAGGGUCCCUGGCACCUGGAGGUCCGCUAGAGUCUGUGCCGCUCCUUCUUUCUCAGGGCUUCUCCGUGGUCUACGAGAUUCUCGACCCCAUGCCGUCGUGGCUUCUCACACUUCUCAGCAUGGGUGUGGGCUUCGUCUUGAUCGGUUUUCUGCAUUCCGGCAAUUCAGCACAGACGCCGGCCAGGCGAUCUGCGGCCCCGCCGAGCCAAAGGAGCGGGCGUCCAAGACAGAAGAAGCCUUCAUCGUCCACUUAAGCCCGUCAGUCUGGAUUGUGAAUACCACUGUAUCACGCGGCUUGCUUGUGUGUGCGUAUGGGAGUUGUGCUCUUGCACCAAAGAGGAUCUAUAAUACAUUUAAAUGGCCACCAUCGU